UUGCCCCCCAAAAAGAAAAAGAUCUAGAAAAAAUGACCAGCUUACUAACUCAGCUCUUGGGGAGAAAAAAUAGAAUCGCAAAGUUGUAUAUUUAUUCAAAAAUACAUAGAAAAGUUUUUCAACAGCCUACUUUGUUAUUGGGUUAAAUGCAUUGUUAAUAGCAACUUUUUUUAAACAAAAAUUUUAAAUGUUUGAUAAAGCUUUCAUACAUCCAUUGUAAAUUAUCCUUUUAAUACAAAUUAAACUUCAUAGUUUUUUUAAAUGCUGUGUGCCUACCUGAAGUACUUUAAGUCCGUCAUUGUGAUCAGACAGAAGAUUAAUGAAGCAUUGUACCACUCAAUAUAAUCACCGGAGUGUGCAGUACCUGUUUCUGCCAGGAGUGGCCGCUAGAUGGCGCUGCAGCGGAUGACAGGUCCGUUAAAAGACACCAAAGAAGAAGAACUUAAAUUUCUGUUUGGUGGCCACAAACUGAACAGCUUCCAUCAAGAAAUGAACAACAAACUAAAACAUAUUAAUGUUUUAACUGCAUGUUGUUGACCCGAAAAUAAACAAUGUGGAGGUUAAACAAAGUUCGCCACAAAGCUGGUCGACAAGGCGACAGUUUAGAGGAGAUCAAGACAAAGAGGCGAGAGCAAGAGAAAGCCCUGAGACAAGCCCGCAGAGACAGACAGCUUGUGAGCAAGAGACUCCUGCUGAUUGACGAUGAGGACCAGCCAGAGGUCACCAUGGACACGAACUCCGAAGAAACGGACGUGGUCAGUUUGAUCCACAAACUUCAUCACAGCGGGCCGGAGAGGGGCGUCCACCUGAAAGUCUUGAGUAAAACUCUCCGCGACCCAUCGGCACAGCUCAACUUCAUCAAGCAGGAGAACACUAUACAGCUCCUGGUUGGUCUCCUCACUGGCUCUGAUGCCACGUGUCGUCUGCAGGCUGUCCGGUGCCUUCAUGAGCUGUCUCACUCUACCCACACCAACGUGGCACCAGCCUGUUUGCCCGCCACCCCGUACCUGCUCACCUUCCUGUCUGGCCAGAGCACCAAGUUCACUGAGCUGUGUCUCUACACGCUUGGCAAUUUAUGCCCAGACAGCGAAGUUGUAAAAGAGAAGCUGCUGGCCCAGGGAAUCAUACCAGCUCUGGCCAGCUGUAUAGAGAACCAGAGACAUAACCUUGCAGUGGUGGAAGCUGUAGGAUUCACCCUCUCUCAGCUUCUCCAAGCAAAAGAUGCAGCAGAGAAAAUAAUCCCGAUGGUCCUGGCCUCCAGCUUACCCUCACACUUGUUAUCAGUCCUGACUCCUGACCCAAAGUUUGGCCUGGCACCGGCUAUUGAGUGUGCAUGGUGUCUGCACUACCUCACAUGCAGCAUGAAGGACAACAGAGUGCUGUUGGCUCAGGGGGCUCUGUUACAGUGCAGUUCCCUGUUAGUGUCACUAGGUGGUGCUGUGACUGAAGGAAACAAAGAAGAAGGAAUGGAGCUGUUUAUCUGUCCUCUGCUGAGAUGUGUGGGAAACCUCCUGUCCUCCUGUCCAGUGGAAGACCUGAGCGCUCUAGUGGGUGACGUUCGUAUCGUGGUCGCUCUGUGUGCACUUCUUCAGGUCUACCUGCCGACUCAGCCAGCGUUGGCGAGAGAGAGUGCCUGGGUUCUCAACAACCUCACAGCUCACUCCAGUGCUUUCUGCUCUGCUCUGCUGACUCUCAACUUGGUCCCUGGACUGAUCCAGCUACUCCCUUUUUCUCAAGGCAUCAAUACCAUGAUCCUGAGGGUUCUUGCAAACAUUGCCCACAAGAAAAAGGACUUCUGUGUCCAGCUGGCCCAUGGUGGAUUGCUGUCUGCUCUCUGUGCCACACUUAAAAUGGCCGAGCAAGAGAUGGUUACUCUGAGUAUGGACGUCCUGUUUAUGCUGGUUGUUAGCGGUCCACAGGUGGCAGAGGAGUUUGUGAGGCAGGGCGGGCUCUCGCUGUUAGAAGCCAUUCAGUACAACAGUGAAGGAGAGAUUAGACAGAGAGCAACAUAUCUCCUGGAGCAUCACCUGCCGUCCUACUCAAACUAUUGCUCGGUGGAGACCAGCCUGCCAUGUUCCUGAGGCACCAAAUUCACACCUAGGUGGUAGAGUGUCCCUGGCACCAUGAGGACACACCUCAGAGUACCGGACGGCUUGUUGACUGCUCAACAUUUUUAUCAAUUUUCAAACAAUGUUAUAUUUAAAGAAAGUUUUAAUAACUUUGAGUAUGAUCUACUGAUAUUUAGAUUUUUUACCAUAUUCAGUAUUGUUGUGCAUGGUAUUUAAUGUAUAUAAAGAUGAAUUAUUAUUUUUUUAAUACCAGACAAACACUCAUCUUAAACUGGAACAUACUGUCUGUUAAGAGGAUGGUUUUAUAAGACAGACUGUACAUAUCUAGAAUGAGGGUGAUGCAAAAACACAUCUAUCUUAGAAGGAUUUUAGAAGUAUCAUGUAUUUUGUGCCAAUAAUGCAUUGUCAUAAAAUAAAUUAUGAAUAAAGAAAUAUCAACUAUCACAGA